AUGGAAGAUUACUACAUUACCAGCAGCUCACAGGACCAAAGCUACGGUUACAGCAGCACCACCUCCAACUACCACAUUGACCCUGUACGUGUGGUGACAUGCAUAAUCGUUGCUGUCGGCCUUCCUCUGACCCUGGUGGCCAUCUAUGCUCUUUAUUCUAUGGUGAGAAGAGAUCAUGUUGCUCCCAUCUACGUCAUCAACCUCCUCAUUACCGACGUCCUUCAGUUCUGCUGCAUGAUCGUUUGGGUGGCACCAAAUAUUCGUGGACAGAUAUCUGACAUCUUCUUAUGUAUUCACUUCUCUGCUCUGAUGGCCAGUAUUUGCUUCAUGGUCUGCAUCGCCCUGGAAAGGUAUUUUGUCAUCGCCCACCCACUGUGGUACCGCUUCAGACGAACCAUCAAGACCUCUGUGGUGGUCUGUGUCCUGGUCUGGGUCCUUCCUCUUCUCUUUUUGUUAAUUUCUUGGUUUUAUAGUGUGAAUCUACACAUACUCGCCGUCCUCCUCCUCCUUCCCUUCCCACUGUUAAUCUUCUCCCUGGUUGGGACCCUCAAAGCCCUGUCUGCUUCCAUCUCGGUCCCCUCUGAUGAAAAAAGACGAAUUGUGGGGAUUUUGGUUCUGGUGCUGCUUAUUUACACGCUGCUGUUCCUGCCCACCAUCAUUUUGUUAUUGGGAGGAUAUUACAGGACCCUAGAACUCCUGUAUCUCAUCUUCAUCAGGUUGAGUCCUCUUGCAGACUUGUUCCUGUAUGUGUUCAUGAGGAAAGGGACCAUAGACAAGCUUUUGGCCUCUGUGUGUUGCUGCAGAAUGAACAGCAAUGAUAUCAGCAGUCCAUCAGUAUGAAUGAUGACAACAUUUCCACAGUCAGCUUCAUGUAGGCAGAGAAAGAGGGAGAGAGAGAAAGGGGAGGAAACAGGAGGAGAAAUGGAGGCCAAUAGAAAGGAUAGAGACGAGACAGAUCCUGUCAUCUACUGAGACCAUUUCCAAUAACACACCUAACUGUAGAGAACAGGAAGCACUGUUUGGACUCUGCUGUGGGAGAAGUGGCUGCUGGGAAAUGUUUUGGUCAACUUGCUCUGGUUCACUGUGAUGGCUUCAACACAUGGAAAUAAAAUGUGUUUUAUUAGUUUGGAGCUGGAAGUUGAUGUCUGUCAUUAUUCUCCUUUAAUCCCAGAAGCAAAGCAGAUAUUAUUUUAGAUGAACUGAGCUCAUUCUAGCCGCCUCACUGUCUUCUUCCUAAAUCUUUAUUUGGACUGUUGUUUGGAUGUUUAACACAGGGAGAGCAUCUCAACACGUCUUUAGCACUUUGUACUUUUUAAGUGUAAUUUCUGCUGUUUUAGUGGUAGGCAUGCUGCUGUUUAGGAUGGGAUUCAGAGCAGCUGUUUUGCAGCAGCUGUUGUGUUUUUGGCAAUCUGGAGAAAAUCUUAAACCACAGUUUAUGUCAGUUUCUAUGAAAUUGUACAUUUUCUGGAAAUCCAAUAAAAAUCAGUUUGUAGACCAAA